CGACCUUGCAAUCAUCUUUAUCGACGUAUAAAUUCUCGCCAAUUUCGCUCACGAGUCCUCUCAACCCUCAUCCUCCCUUCUUCCCUUCGUCGUCCUCCACAUCAUCUGCCCACCAUGCCGGAAGGAACCAUGAAAGCGCUUUGGUACAACAAGCCUCGGGACUUUGAGAUCAAAGAGGUCCCCAUCCCCAAGGUUGGCGACGACGAUGUUCUUCUCAAAGUUACUUGCUGUGGUGUCUGCGGCACGGACGGUCACAUUCACGACGGAGAGUUCAUCUCCAGGUUCCCCCUCAUCCCCGGUCACGAGGCUAUCGGAAAGGUCGUCGAGAUGGGCAAGAACGUUACCGGUUUCGAACUUGGUGAUCGCUGCGUCGCGGACGUCAGUCUUACCUGCGACAACUGUUUCUACUGCCGACGCGGCGCCCCCCUGAUGUGCGAGAGCUUCGAAGCCCGUGGUGUUACCUUAGAUGGUGGCUUUGCUGACUACAUCGUCUACCCACAGAGGAAGCUGUACAAGAUCAAGAACAUGACCGACGAAGAUGCCACGUUGUUGGAGCCCGCUGCAUGUGCUAUUCAUGGUCUUGACAAGCUGAACCCGCAAGUCGGCAUCGAGGUCCUCCUCUUGGGUGCUGGUCCUACCGGCCUCAUCCUUGCUCAGCUGCUCAAGCUGAACGGUGCGUCCCGCGUCGUCAUUGCUGCCAACAAGGGCAUCAAGAUGGACAUUGCCAAGGAUCUGGAGGCCGCCGACGAGUAUAUCGAGCUUGACCGACAAAACCCCGGACCUCAGUGGGAGGCGCUAAAGACCAGCAACCCAUAUGGGUUUGACGUCGUUGUUGAGGCUACCGGUGUCGAGAAGCUGGCAAAUGAGUCCAUCAACUACGUCCGUCGUGGUGGUACCCUCAUGAUCUACGGUGUCUACGAGAACAAGGCGCUCGUUCACUGGCCACCUUCAAAGAUCUUCGGUGAUGAGAUCACGAUCAUUGGCUCGUUCUCGCAGGCGUAUUGCUUCCCCCGCGCCGUCGCCUAUCUCGACAGUGGAAAGGUUCGUGUCAAGGGAAUGGUGACUGACAUCUUCAAGCUGGAAGAUUACCAACUUGCGCUCGACAAGAUGAACAGCCGUGGUGCCCUCAAGAUUGCUAUCAAGCCCUAGAUGGCGUCCUACGACUGGUGACUUUGUUGGAAGGGUUGUUGGAAUGGUCGGUGACAACCAACAGCCGUGCUGUAGGGCCCUACCAAAUCUAAGGACAUUGUAUCGUUGUAAAUUAUGCUGUCCAUUAACUUGUUUGUACGGAAUGCAAUCCAUACGCGAUUUGCUGUAUUGGCAUGGAUAUAAAGACUCG